AUGGGGAAUCUUCUUUUUGUAUAGUGUCAAAGUUGGGAGUUUGGAGGGAGGUAAAAAGGGCAUUGGCAUGUUUGUCUCGGUUCAUCCGAUUACUGUUGAUGAUUCUUCUUGCCUGCGUAUGUGCUGACGACCUGAAGCACCCAAGACUCAACCGCCCACCGCGACCGUCCCCGCCACCGCCAGGAUUGAUAAUCUUGAUCCAUCCAUUUCAGAGCUCGCCUCGCCACUGCACCGGGCCAGCCGGCAGCCAUGUCCACGGCGGAGGAAGCCGCCGGUGCCUUCGACCGACUGAGCGAGCUCAAGGCGUUCGACGACACCAAGGCCGGCGUCAAGGGCCUCGUCGACGCCGGCAUCACCGCCGUCCCCGCCAUCUUCCGCCACCACCACCAGGGCCCCCUCGUAUCCUCUGUCAGCAGCAGCGGCAGCGGCGGCGGCGGCGCCAUCAGCAUCCCGGUCAUCGACCUCUCGGCGUCUUCGUCAUCGGACGCCCGCGCCCGCGCGGAGGUGGUGGCCCAGGUUAAGGCCGCGGCGGAGACGGCCGGGCUCUUCCACCUUGUCAACCACGGCGUCCCCGGCGAGCUCUUGUCUGAUAUGCUCGCCUCCGUGCGGCGGUUCCACGAGGCGCCACCGGAGGCGAAACGGCCGUACUACACCCGCGACCCCGGGCGCCGCCUCCGCUUCAACUCCAACUUCGACCUCUUCAGCUCGCCGGCGGCCAACUGGCGCGACACCCUCUUCUGCGCCGCGGCGCCGGAUCCCCCACCCCCGGAGGAGCUCCCGCCCGCCGUCCGCCACGUGAUGCCCGAGUACGCCGCCGCCGCGCGCGGGGUGGCGGCGCGGGUGUUGGCGCUCCUGUCGGAGGCGCUGGGGCUCGCCGCCGGCCGCCUCGCCGGGAUGGGGUGCGCGGAGGGGCUCAGCCUGGUGUGCAACUACUACCCGCCGUGCCCGGAGCCGGAGCUCACCCUGGGGUGCGGCGCGCACUCGGACCCCAGCUUCCUCACCGUGCUGCUGCGGGACGCGCACGAUGAGGGGGGCCUGCAGGCGCGCCUCGGCUGCGGCGGCGGAAGGUGGGUGGACGUGCCCCCCGUCGCCCCCUGCGCCCUCCUGGUGAUCGUCGGUGACCUCCUCCAGCUCGUCAGCAACGGGCGGUUCAGGAGCGCGGAGCACCGGGUGGUGGCCAGACGGAGCACGGACAAGGCGAGGGUGUCGGUGGCAUGCUUCUUCAACGCCGACGUCGCCAGGUCCACGAGGCUCUACGGGCCCAUCGCCGAGCUCACGUCAGGCGGAAACGGCGACGACGGCGACGGCGCGCUGUACAGGAGCGUGACGGUGCCGGAGUUCCUGGCGCACUACGACAAGAAAGGCCUCGACGGCCGCCCGGCGCUCGACCACUUCCGGCUGCGAUAGUGCAGCACGGCUACUAAUGGUCCACCACUCCACCGUGUGCAGAAGCUUCAAGAGGCUUCAAUGGUUGAAGCUUAAUUUGACUCUUUUUCGCAUGCACCGUAGAUAUAUGUCUUUAUAUCUUCAUAGUUUCCGCAAAAAGUCGUACCGAUUGACUGAGAUAAAUCACUGUCAAUCAAAAUAUUAUAUAUCGAUUGAAAGAGAAAAGACAUCGGCUUUUUUAA